ACCGCGCUCUUCAAACAGUCGAAAGCGUUGAACGCAUGCGUGGAGAUCCGCUCCGCUUUCCUUUCAACUGGUUUGCCUGUGCGGACGUUUUUUUGAACCCGUGCGUUCUCCGGUGCGAUUCCGUGCGUUUGUGGACACUCGAGGGAUUUCCGGCGCGUCAAGGAUUGUUCAGCUCGCGCGGCCGUGUGUGAGUGUGAGAUUUUGUGGGUUUUGUGUUUGUGCGUACGUGGUGGAAAAUCGAUAAUUUGCAUAGUUUCCGGCGCCGCAAGUUGUUCGUCUGCGGGAUAGCUUAAACCGAACGGUGGUGGAACGCGUACGUUACGUGCGACAGUGAAAGUUGGCAAGAUCCUUGGCCGGUCCUGCAGCUGCAUUGUCGGUAGCCCGAGGGGACAACCGGAGAAAAUCGAUAGGCUACGGCAGAACUGACUCCGCGACAAAUGUCAGGUCGUUCUGGAGUCGAAGGUAGCUGCAGCAGCCCGUGUGUGCGCUUAUCUGCGAUCGGUUCCAAGAGUGUCAGCUCGAGAUAAAUCGAUCAUCGCGCGGGAACGAACCAAAACCGGACCCGAAGCAGACGACCACGACUCGGACGACAACAACAACGGUCGGACGGGGUCUGCCCGUGUCUGCAGCAGUGAAUUUCUCCUCUUUCAGUAGUGUGCUUUAAUUUCCUUUUCGUAAAACAAUCGAGAUAAGCAAUCUUUCACCGGGGCUCGACAUCGCGACGACGUCUGGGCCUUCCGUAGACUCCUUGGAACAAAACCAACCGUUCCGAAUCGAGGUGGCAGUGGAAAGUGAUACACCCAGACAGGGAGAGAGAGAGAUAUCCGAGGGUCCUCACGUGGGAUCUAUUGCGAAGCUAUCGGUACAACUUCAUCUGCUGCGCCGAUCCAUCCAUCGAUCCAUCGUCGGAACGUCCAACUUUUAUAGACAAGACCGGCCGCGUUUGUGUAUUGACAGUUCCAGUGAUUCUUUUGGUUACGAGGAAAAAUGCUGUACGGUUCCAGUUGCACCGCCGUCGUGUGAGAUUUUAUCGCCUUCGAAACUGUGAGAUUCAUUCACAACCGAAAUAGUCGCGGGAAUGAUCGUCGAUUCCAGGUUGAUAGUGAAAGUAUAGUGUCCGGAAGAAAAAAAAAAACAAGCUCAAGAAAGUACAAAACGAGAUUCCAAGAGUGCAAGAAAGAAAGAUAAAUCAAAGAUAGGUAGUUUAGGUGGAAGUGUCUUUUUGUGAACGUGGUCCAGGGCAGCAACAACGGUGACGUUGCAUUCGGCGGAAUACGGGGCGGCGCCCGGUGCUGCGAGGAUCCCGCUGGGAGUAGUGCCGGUCAACAUCAGUCUGCCACCGGCUCACAUGGGAGUUUGCACGGAGGAGCGCCCUGUAAUGCAUUGGCACCAGAGCGCUAGGUUUCUUGGUCCACCCCGGGAGCGCAGCCCAGAUCUCAGCAAUGCCUGCCAGAUCAACGCCAACAACAACAACCUCAACCACCGGACGUGCAUAUCCUGCACGGACACGUGCGAGCACGCCAGCCUGAAGGGCGGCCCGCCGGGGGGCCAUGGGAUGGCAAACCACGGCGGCCCCGGGGGCGGCCACAACCUCUACGCCGACAGUUGUCACAGCUACGACUCGACGCCGGACCGGCUGAUAGCGGACCGGCCCAACUACUACACCGAUCUCAACCGCAGCGACUGCUCGGACACCAGCAGUAGUGUGCUGAACAGUUGCAUCCAGCUUAAGUCGGAACCGCCGGGCGGGCCGAGCAGUCCCGAGUCCUCCAGUGAGUUACCACCUUCGGGGUUGGACGAGUGCGCGGGCUGUGAUAUGCCGAUUCAGGAUCGGUUCUACCUGUCAGCUGUGGAGCGCAAGUGGCACGCUACCUGUCUACAAUGUUGCGUCUGCCGGCAAACGCUGGAAGGUGCCAACUCCUGCUUUUCGCGUGAUGGCAACAUCUACUGCAAAACAGAUUACUACAGAGUAUUCGGCUCCCGGCGAUGUUCGAAAUGUCUGGCUUCCAUUAGUUCCUCCGAGUUAGUUAUGCGAGCUCGACACCUAGUUUUCCACAUACGGUGCUUUUGCUGUGCGAUCUGCAAUACCCUGCUGAACAAGGGCGACCACUUUACGAUACGGGACUCGGCGGUGCUGUGUAGGUCCCACAUCGACAUCCCGGGACUGGACCCUGGCACGCCCCUGCCCCUGGCCAUGCAAUGCCAGUACCCGAGCCAGUACGGAUCGUCGCCGAGUGCGCCGCUCAGUCCGAGCGAUUCGACCGGAAGUAGCAAGAUGCCACCGGCGGGGUACUUUUCACCGCACCACCCGGUGGCGGCCCUGCCCCAGCAGCCCCGCCAGAAGGGUCGACCCCGGAAGCGGAAACCCAAGGACAUCGAGGCGAUGACCGCGAGCUUAGGUCGAUUUUCAGGAGCAAUUGAUUUGAACACCGAGUACCUAGAUUUGGGCUUCAGCCGGGGCCUGGGAUCGUCGUCGCGGGCCAAGCGGAUGCGGACGUCCUUCAAGCACCACCAGCUGCGCACCAUGAAGUCGUACUUUGCGAUCAACCACAACCCGGACGCGAAGGACCUGAAGCAGUUGUCGCAGAAGACGGGCCUGCCAAAGCGGGUGCUGCAGGUCUGGUUCCAGAACGCACGCGCAAAAUGGCGCCGGAUGAUGAUGAAGCAGGAGGGCAAAAUUAUCGACUCGGACAAGGGCGACGGCUCGCUCGACCUCGACGGGUACGUGUCCCACAGCCCCGGGUCGUACAUCAUGGGCGGUGGUCCCGGUUCGCCGUCCUCGCUCGACUAGUGCCUGCGGGUCGCGGUCCGGCGGAUGCAGCAGGAGCGCUACCAAAAUCACCACCACCACCACAAUCACCAGAAUGUCGUCGAAAAUGUGCAACCUGGCGGCGAGGGGUCCACCAGUUGACCAAGAUUUGCAUAAACAAAUUUGAGGACUUUUUCGAGUGCGGGGCCGAAACUUAAUUGACCGCGAAAUAUAGUGACUGCCAAAAAGAACGAAACCACCGGAAAUGAACCCGGGCGUUUUGAUUACCAUUUUUCGGGAGCAAAGGUGCGCGCGAGCGCCCAGACAAUGAUGUUAUUAUAUUCAAAUUCAUGCUACUUUGCUACUGCUGCUGCUGGCAGUUUUUGUUGCGCUACUUGUUCUGCAGACUUUUUUUUUAAGUGAUCGUAAAAACCAGCCCACGAGACGACGAAACCCACUGGGAAUCACCCCUCGUCAUCGCGAUCUGUGGCUCUGGGGUAAGAAAGAACAACAGCACAAAAACAGUUGCAUAUGUAAAAAGGAUGUAAAAAAAAGUACUUGGAGGUACCUCGAAUUGUGGUUGAGGCUUGGAGGCAAAAAGUGUAACCCCCUUGCGAGAGAGAGACUAAUAAUAAUGUAUGCACAUAUGAUUACCCCUGGGUGUACUGAGAUGGGAGAAGUCAGCAGUGCUGUGUAUGUCCCGAAAGAGCGCAUACUUAUGAUUCUGUUAUGUCUGGUUUGAGCACAUUCGUGAAGUUUUGUUCUUAAAUCGAAGGUUAUUGCUGUUUGUGACCAUUCGAAGUUUUUUGUAGAUUUUUGUAAAAUAAAAAUAUUGUUUAAUUUUUAAAGAAUCAAAAAGUGCAGUAAUGUGCAGAAAACAAACUCAUGUGAUAAAUUUCAUAUCAAAGUUGUUUUUUUGAUACUAAGUCAUUUUUUCAAGUUUCAGUCUCUUGAUAAUGGUCGGGAAUGAGGAAUGUAAUAAUUUCCAAAUGAAUUUAUUUUUACAUGCAAAACAAGAUUUUUCAUCGAAUUUGCUGCUUUUUUAGUGAAAAAUUCAGUUUUUAAAUUUGAUUUAAUGGCUUUCAUACAUGCCGUCCUGACUCGAUUGUCCCAAGCCUCCGAUUAUCCCAAAUUUCGAUUAUCCAAUGUUCGAUUAUCUGAAGGUUUGAAUAGAACUUCGGAUAAUCGAAUCACGAACAAAUAUUUUUUUUAGGUAUUUUUAAAUUUUCGUCAUUUCAACAAAAAAAAAACGAAUUCUGUGACCCCAUUUUAGUCGAAUUUGAAUAGUAGAUUGCCUAUUAGAAUACAGAAUGCCUUUUUUCAAUACUUCAUCACCGCAAAUUUGGCCGCCAUCUUGGAUUCAAAAAUUCGAAAUCACUUUAGAGUAGUUAAAGGGUCAUA